AUGGUGCAGAACCGCGUCUCAUCGGCUACCAAAGUGACUGGCAUAUGUAAACCCGGGGCCAAACUCCUGAAUGUAACGUCCAGCGGCCCCUCGCCUCCUUCUAGCUGCUUCAUCCUGCUCGCCAGAACCAACGACAUCGCUGCCGGUGAGUCACACAACAUCUAUAAUCGCCUGGAAGAAAGAGUCACCGCUCGACUGAGUUCGGCCGAUGUCAUCUUGGCAACGAUCCCUUAUCUUCGCGAUCUGCUCGUUAGCCAUCCUGUGAACCAACGGACCAUUCUCGCCAACUACUACAUAGAGGAGCUAUGCGUGAGACACUCAAACCUCAAGCUCCUCGAUAUCAAUGAUAUCGGAAGAAACUGGUUCACACGGAUGGCAUGCAUCUGCGAUUG